UCUAUUGCUACGUCCUGACGCCACAGAACUGCAGUGUUUUCUAGAACGCAGUUUUGUGAUCGCCAUUAUUUGUAGUUAAGUCUUGAGAAGGACAUCUGGUAUUUGAGGUGUUGCAGCAGUUUCUGUUCUCGAACAACACUACAAGAUGAGACACUCCAGCCGGACUCGAUAUCCUGAUUGGGGUGAUGAUGAUAGCUUGGACUAUAAAAAAUACAGCAGAAGUUACAAACGUAAGAGAAGAUCACAUAGCAGUGACAAAGAGAAACAUUGUAGCAGAUACAGCUAUGAUUGCUCCAAAUCAUCUGAAAGCCACCACCGGGAUGACAAGUCUUUAGACGAGAGAGAUCGACAUGAUAGAAGAUAUGUAGAAUACCGAAGAAACCACAGAGAUCAUGAGAGUAGGCAUCACCACAGAGACCAUGAAAGUUAUCACACUCAUUGCAGCAAGUCAUCUGGGCGAAGUGGCAGGAGCAGUCGCAGAAAGAGACAAAGAAAAUACAGCAAAUCCAGACCUGAUUCACAUUCGAAGAGUCACCGCAGGAAAAGAUCCAGGAGUGUAGAGGAUGAUGAGGAGGGUCACCUGAUCUGUGAAAGUGGAGACGUUCUAAGAGGAAGAUAUGAAAUUGUUCACACAUUGGGAGAGGGGGCUUUUGGAAAAGUUGUAGAGUGCAUUGAUCUUACUGGGGGUGGUGUACGAGUAGCUGUGAAAAUAAUAAAAAAUGUUGCUCGAUAUCGUGAAGCUGCCCAAUCUGAGGUACAAAUACUGGAGCACUUGACCAACCAGGAUCCAAAAAAUACAUUUCGCUGUGUCCAAAUGUUGGAAUGGUUUGACCAUCAUGGCCAUGUUUGCAUAGUGUUUGAACUGCUUGGCCUAAGUACAUACGACUUUAUUAAAGAAAACAGCUUUUUGCCGUUUCCCAUAGACCACAUAAGGAACAUGGCCUAUCAGAUCUGUAAUUCAGUCAAUUUUUUACAUAAGCAGAAACUUACGCAUACAGAUCUGAAACCUGAAAAUAUUCUAUUUGUGCAGUCUGAUUAUGUUGUUUCAUACAACUCUAAAAAGAAACGGGAUGAACGCUUUUUAAAGAACAGUGAUAUAAAGAUUGUGGAUUUUGGAAGUGCUACAUAUGAUGAUGAGCACCAUAGUGCAUUGGUUUCUACGAGGCAUUACAGAGCUCCUGAAGUUAUUCUGGAAUUAGGAUGGUCCCAACCUUGUGAUGUUUGGAGCAUUGGUUGCAUAAUGAUUGAAUAUUAUCUUGGAUUGACGGUUUUUCAAACACAUGAUAGCAAAGAGCAUCUUGCAAUGAUGGAAAGAAUUUUAGGUCCAAUACCACUUCAUAUGAUUCAAAAGACUAGAAAACACAAGUAUUUUUAUCAUGAUCGUUUGGAUUGGGAUGAGCACAGUUCUGCGGGUCGAUAUGUUAGGAAGCGUUGCAAACCUUUAAAAGAUCUUAUGAUUUCGGAUAAUGAGGACCAUCAGCAGCUCUUUGAUCUAAUCCGGAAAAUGUUAGCGUAUGACCCAUCCAAAAGAAUAACACUUGAUGAAGCCCUAAAACACCCGUUUUUUGACAAAUUGAUCAAAUAACUCAUUUUGAGGACUUUAUAUACAGACUGUGUCUGUCAAUGAAAUAACCAUUUUGUACAUUUUGGUUCACUUUAUGUACAGUCAUAUAUAUAUAUAUAUAUAUAUAUAUAUAUAUAUUUGUAAAUUAUUUCAAACCCUUUUUUGUAUCACUGCCUUGAAUAAAACUUACAUUGAACUGUAUUUUGUUGCUCUUAAAAUAAAAAACAAAAAUUGAAAGUA